UACACUGUAUAGUACGGGCGCGUCGCUCUUAGCCGGCGCACGCGCAUACUGAUAUCGAACCAGUAUAAAAGACAACGCACCCUUCAAACAAACCACUCUUUCUCUAUCCGCCCAGCACAGAGACUUACCAUGGAGGACAUCCUCAUGAAACAUGGCCACGGCCACGAUCACGACGACGAUGAUAACACCCAGGGAGUCAUUGUGGCGAAAGGAGUCUCUAUGGCGGUUCUUUUUUGUGCCUCUAUGAUCUGUGGUUGUGCACCCCUAUUGAUCGCCAAGCGGUUCCACUGGAUCACUCCAAAUGAAGCCGGGAAUCUCAAAUCCUCCAACAGGGUUGUCGCCACCCUCCUCUCCUUUGGAGGCGGUGUGCUUCUGUCGACAACCUUCCUGCACCUUCUUCCUGAAGUCGACCAUAACAUUGAACAUCUCGUGGAACAAGGAGCGAUGCGAGAAUUUGACUUCUCUCUUGCCGCUUUCUUGAUGUGUUGUGGAUUCUUCAUCAUGUACUUGGUUGAGGAGUUGGUUCACAUGUACAUCCAUCGCAGAGAAAAGAAGAAUGGUUCGCAAGCUCCGCUAGUCAGGAAUUUAAGUGUAAGAAAGAGCCGUAACAACAUUGAUGAUCACAAGGAGCAAGGAGCAAACAGCGUCACCAAUUCUACCGCAAACCUUACCGACCCACCUUCUAUUAAAGCAGCUAAGGAUAUUGAAGUAAAUCACAACCAUUCACACGGCCACAGCCAUAUGCCGAUCAAUGCCGCUGACGACGUCACAUCUGCCUUGCGUGGACUCCUGAUUGUGCUCGCUCUUUCCAUUCAUGAGCUUUUCGAAGGUCUCGCAGUUGGCUUGGAGUCUUGUACGUCGAGUGUGUGGUAUAUGCUGGGUGCUGUAUCUGCGCAUAAGUUGGUCAUUGCUUUCUGUAUCGGCGUGGAGCUUAUUGCAACCCGGACCAAAACCUAUCUGUCCAUCAUUUACAUAACUACCUUCGCUAUCGUGUCUCCUCUCGGUAUUGGAAUUGGAAUAUUGCUGGUUGGAGGCGAAGGAGCGACAGCGGCGGGGGCGUAUUCUGUGGUGCUGCAAGGGCUGGCAUCUGGAACGCUCCUGUAUGUCAUAUUCUUCGAAAUCUGGAAGAGUGACAGAUCUGGCAUCUUGCAAUAUCUGGCUGCGCUUGUCGGCUUCGGUCUUAUGUUUGGAUUACAGUUGUUAACUGGCCACUCACACAGCCACUCCCACGGUCACUCUCACGGUGCGUCUGAUGAGCCAAGCAUUGUUCACGAUCACGGUCACUCACAUGACUAGAAAAGAUGCAGCCACACUAUUUUGGAGAUUUUUACUCCAAUGUUGCCAUGUAUAAUUUGUAUAAACAUAGAACAAUGCAAUAUUGUUAUUCGGAGACAAGGUAUUAACUACAAUUUUUGUAAACCUAGUACGAUAUUUGUAUAAUCUAUACUUUGUUUGUAAGCAAAGAAAACUAGAAAUGUCUAAAAAUGUCUACGAUAUAGUAUUAAUUAAUUCAUUCGUAAUUAUUACAGGGUGGCUUACGUUGACGAAGCUACCUAUAGGUAUUUUUGACAUAAAUUAAUUUUAUUAUUAAAUGAACAAUUAUUAGUACAUACUAUAAUUUGCGCUUUAUGGCUGUUAAAGUUUUUAUUUACUUGUAAAACGUAUAGUUUGUUAUUUAUUUAAUUUAGAGUGACUUGGCGACUCGGGUAUCAAUAAGUUGUUAUUCAUUUCUGCAUGUUUUUACCCCUAGGUAUUCGAGAAGGUUGUCUAGUCAAUAAAUAGUUUGUAGUUAAAUUAUUAUGCUAAAGCAUAGUACAUUUGUUUGUACAAAUAGAAAAUAUAUAGUUCUUUUCUACUUAUUUUUGACUCAUGAUUUUUUUUUUUUUGGUAAAAUAAAGUAGGUAUACUAGAAUACAUGUUGUGCAUUAGGGUAAUGGCGACUAAAGGGUCAUAUUUAAAACUAGUGAUGUCCACUUCAGGACUUGAGAGAAUGUUCUUAAUCUUACGAAUCAUAAUAUACUUAGUACUUAAUUGUAAUUUUUUAAGAAAAUCGCGAGAUACGUAUUAAAAUAAUUGUAUUUUAGGUAUGUGCAUUAAACCAACAGUCUGCCAUUACCCAAAAUCACCUUUACUUAUUGAUACUUAAUUACACAAUUUCUUAUGCCAAUAGGUAUUGACUUGAAAAAGCCAACUUAAAUUAUUGUACAAUCCAUUUCGCCAAUGCCUACUUACUUUUUAUGUUACAUAAUUUUAUACUUUUAUAGAUGCUAUUUUGAUUUACGGUCAGCAACAAUAAUGGUAUUUUAAUAUUAAGGACUGUCUUCAAGUGAUAUAGUUCUAAGUAGGUACUUAGGAUAAGUUUGAUUUGUAAGGAAUUAAUAAAAAUUUGUUUGUCACAAAAAAUGCAAAA